AUGGUGAGCGCGUGGAGAGGAAAUGAAGCAGACAGCGUGCGGAAUGAAGGAAACAAAGCAGACAGAGUUCCGUACUAUCGUCCUGGGUUGGGACAGGAUGUCUUAUUGCAGGGAAUAGCCAAAGAAUUUAGAGAGUCUAUUACUCAGAAUGAAUCCGACUUUGAAAUUAAGCAAACCUUCUGCUUCCUGUUUGCUUCCAACACUCUCAAGUCCACCUUCGAACAUGGAGACUCAGACUACCCCGAGCAAAGGAACUCCUUAAACCAGCCCGGCAACGGUAGGCCAGAAACUGAAAAAUGUGACCUAUCGAAGGGUCGUUGGACUCAAGAUGCUAGAGGGCCUUUGUAUACAAAUUUCAGCUGUAAAACACUCCCUUACCAGAGGAACUGUUUCUUGCAUGGGAGGAUGGACAGGGACUUCCUUCAAUGGAGAUGGAAGCCCGAUCAAUGCGACCUUCCUGUCUUCAAUCCCAGGAGCUUUCUAAACAUUGUUAAAGGAAAGACGAUGGGUUUCAUAGGUGACUCACUUGCCAGGAAUCACAUGAAUUCGCUUCUCUGUUUAUUAUCUGAGGAGGAAACCCCACACGAAGUAUACAGGGAAGAUGAGGAAGGGAAGACCAUAAUAUGGCACUUGCCUCGUAACAACUUCACCAUCAUGGUGCUGUGGUCCCCAUUCCUCGUCUCCGCCUCAGAGAUGGCAGUCAACGGCACCGAAACCGGCGGUUUUCAUCUGCACCUAGACAAGAUUGAUGAGAGUUGGGUGCAAAAACUACCAGCCCUAGAUUAUGCAAUUCUCUCAGCCACCAACUGGUUCUUCAGACCCAACUACGUGUACGAGGGUGGUCAUUUUCUUGGAUGUAUUUACUGCUCGGACCCAAACGUGACGCACCUUGGCCCUGACAUUGUCAUACAAGGAGCUUUUAGGCUUGCUUUUAAGUCCAUUAACGAUUGCAACAGCUGCUCGAGGAUAGUAACUUUACUGAGAACAUUCUCACCAUCCCAAUUCGAGAACGGCACUUGGAACACGGGAGGGACUUGCAAGAGAACACGCCCAUUUGCUCCAGAAGAGAUUAACAACGGUGGCCUGGAUUUGGUUUACAGGAACGCCCAACUGGCAGAGAUUGAUAAUGCCCGCAAAUUGGGAGAGGAAAAGGGAAGAGCAUUUGAUGUUAUAGAUGUUACUGAAGCUAUGCUAAUGAGGCCUGAUGGCCAUCCUGGAUUACAUUGGGAUAACCGAUGGAACAAGGGACUGAGUGAUUGCCUCCAUUGGUGCUUGCCAGGGCCUGUUGAUACUUGGAAUGAAUUUUUACUUGAAUUGCUCCAAAGACAUUCCAGCUUUCCUCUUAGCUCUAGAAGUCAUGCAGCAGCAGAAAUUGAAAAAUUAGUACUGCAACAGUGA